GAGAGAGAGAGAGAGAGAGAGAGAGAGAGAGAGAGAGAGAGACUCCUCUCAGUCCUCUAAUAUCAAGUCAUCAAUCCGUCUCUCCCUCGCCCUCUCACCCUCUCUACAAUCGAACUUCCAUUUCUUUGAAGCCCGAAGCAGAGACGACCCAGAGCAUCUCCUGAAUCUCUCAACACCUCUUCGACCUCGUCGUCAAUCCUUUCGCCUUCGACAAAUACAAAAACCCGGACGAGGGUCGGAAGAAAAGAAGCGAAAAAGCAUCCAGAAAAGCAAAGAUUCAGAGGCCCACCUUUACACAUUAUUGAGAAAGGAAAAAAAGAUAGAGAAAAGCGUCCCCCCCCCGGCUUUAUCUUUUAGUCGUCUCUCUCCUUCUGCUUUCCUUCUUCAAUUUCCGAGUAGUAGGCUUCCCAACUUUUCCCCUCCUUUCCCGCACACGAGAACCCUUCUCUCUCUCCCUCUCUUUCUCUCGCAAGUCAAAGCGUUAAUCAUUUCAUCUUCAUCACCCAGAAGGAAAAAAAAGAGAACAUCCACUUUCCCCACUCGCCUCUUCUCCACGACAGACCAAUUCACUUUCCUCGACACAGAUAAAGAUGCCACUCCGGCUUCUUCUCACGUUGCUCGUCGCUUUCUCGUCCUGCGCUCUUCUCCGCCCGUCCUCCGCCGGCAUAAUCGCCGAGCCCGUCCAGGGCGGCCACGACCAGCCCUACACCGUCCCGGCUUUCCCCGCGGACUCGGCGGGCCAAAUCUGCAAGCUCGACCUCUCCGCCGAGCUCUUCGGCGGCGUCAGCGAGGCUUGCGGCCGCAACCUCGACCGCAGCCGCUGCUGCCCCGUGCUCGCCGCUUGGCUCUUCGCCGCCCACGCCAGGUACGCGCUGCAGGUGGCUCCGGCGGCGGCGCCGUCGUCCGGGGAGGAGCUGCCCAUGAUCCCGGACGACUCGCAGAAGUGCGUGAACACGCUGCAGUCGGCGCUGGUGAGCAAGAACGUGCACCUCCCGCAGCCGAACGCGAGCUGCGACGCCGUCCUGUGCUUCUGCGGGAUCAGGGUGCACCAGAUCAGCUCGCUGAGCUGCCCGGCGGCGUUCAACGUCUCCGCCGGGCUCCGGAACGCGACGCCCACCGCCGCGGUGAGGAACCUCGAGAAGAGCUGCCGGAACUCAUCCUACGCCGGCUGCACCAAAUGCCUCGGCGCUCUCGAAAAGCUGAAGGGAGGAUACAAGAACGGGACGGGGGACCCGAGCGACCGGACGAGCCGGAUGCUGGACCGGGACUGCCAGCUCAUGGGCCUGACGUGGCUCCUGGCACGCAACAAGACGGCCUACAUCCCCACUGUCUCCGCCGCGCUGCGGGCCAUCAUGUACGGGUGGCACCCCCCGCAGGGUGCCAAGUGCAGCCCGGACCAGGAGAACAUGCCGCUGGCCGUCGACUCCCUGCAGUUCGAGAGGGCACAGUCCUCGCCGGCGCCGCCCGUCGUUCGGCUCCCUGUCCUGCCCUUCAUAAUGUGGCUUUGUCUGUUUAUUUAGAAGGAAGCCCGUGACCGUUCGGGCCCUCUAUCUCUGUCUCCCUCUCUCGCUCUCGUUCUGUGUCGGGUCACGUGGUGAUGUUAGGACUUAGGUCAAUUUUUGGUCGAUCUCUCCAUUUUUGUUUCGUUUGGAUCCCCACCACUGUAAAUUACAGUUUUUAGUCAGUAAUCUAAUCUCGGCCUCUGCUCGAAUCAA